GGAGAGACCGUACCUCUGCAAAUGCGGCAAGUCCUUCACCUUAAUACAGAAUCUUAAACGACAUCAGAAGGUUGACAUGAAGGAGAGGCCCUAUAAAUGCGAUAAGUGCGGGAAAACCUACUCGAUGCGCUGGAAUCUUGACCGGCAUAUGAAAGGUCACGGUGAGGGGUUGGUGUGCGACAACUGCGGAGUGUCCAUCUCGCAAAGAAGCACUCUCAAGAUGCACAAACUUACCCGCACUAAGAAGAGACCAUACAACUGCAAGAAUUGCGGCAAGUCCUUCCCCAUAAAACAGAAUCUUCAAAGUGACUCGAAGAAGAGGCCCAAUCAAUGUGACAAGUGCGGAAACGCCUUCACAAUGUGCUAUAAUCUCUCCCGCUAUAUGAAAGUUCACGGUACUACGGAGUUGGUGUGCGACAGCUGGGAAGUGUCUUUGCACAAACUUACCAAGACUAAGGAGAGACCAUACAAGUGCAAGACAUGCGAUAAGUCCUUCCCCAUGAAACAGAGUCUUCAAAGACAUCAGACGGUUCACACAAAGGAAAGGCCCUAUCAAUGCAAGAAGUGCGGAAACGCCUUUUCGAUGCUCUUUAAUCUCUCCCGGCAUAUGAAAGUUCACGGUAGGGGGUUGGUGUGCGACAACUGCGGAGAGACAUUCCGGAGGAAGAGCUCACUGAAUAAACACAUGAGGAGUCACGUGAACCCGUUCGUCUGCGACAUCUGCGGAAAAACGCUCUCACACCACAGCAGUCUCAAGGAACACCUGAAGCUUCACAACAACGAAAAGCCGCACGUCUGCGACGAGUGCGGGAAAGCGUUCACCCAAGGUGGCGGUCUCAAGGCACACUUACGAGUCCACACACUCGAGAAGCCAUACAAGUGCGACCUGUGCGACGGAGCCUUCUCUCGGAAUAGCACAUUGAAGGUGCACCAAAGAAUUCACACAAAAGAGAAACCGUUCCAGUGUGAGAAAUGCCCGAGGGCUUUUGCGUGGCGUCCAACACUGGUGCGCCAUAUUAACAUUCACAACAAUGAAAAACCGCAUUCCUGCGAAGUGUGUAACAAAAAAUUUGUACUCUGCACGGAUAUGAGAAGGCACAUGCGGGUUCACAGGAAAGACGCACAGAGUUUUGCCUGCAAAAUUUGCGGUACGACUUUUGUGUAUCUUUGUGACUUGCAAAGACAUCGAAAAUCCCACUUAAAGGAAAAAGGCUCGGAUCGCAUCAAUUCUAAAAAAUGUUUCACGCGUAGUUCAAACCUGAAAAGAAAAAAAAUCACAAGAGAAGCUGAUCAAGUGGAACUCUCUCAUGGAGAAGUGACUAGGGGAGGAAAGCAGACUUCCUUUAAUUGGAGAAAGUAUGACUUCCUCAAGAAGUACGCAGUAGAAGGGCAAGUUGGUAGUCAAAGAGACAAUAUGAAUCCUAUUAUCAAAGAGGAGCUGAUUCAGUGCUGUAUUUGUGGACUAAGCAUUCCUUUCAAAACGCAUUUGGAAAAAAUUAACAACUAUGAAAUGCCAUACUUCUGUAACAUUUGUGACAAGGAGGGUUCGUCACCGGAAGGUAAUGUGGCUUCCACCAUCAAAUCUGAAGUUGGCUUGCAUGGAGAGAAUGGGAAUGCCGCACUUGGAGACGUUUGGAAUUCCUUCAAUAAAGAAGACGGAGGAACUAGAAUUUCCUCACUUGGAGAUAUUGGGACUUCGCCAAGAAGUGUUGCAGUAGAAGGGAGAGUGGACAGAACUUCCACACUUGAAGAAGAUCGAAUUAGUAACUCAGGAAGUGAUUGGGAGGAGAAUGGGAUUCCUGUUCUCAGAGACUUUUGGACUCCCUCAAGAAAGGAAGCUGGAGUUAGCAGAACUUCAUCAUGUGGAGAAGACCUGACUUCCUCAAGAAGUCCUUAUGGAUGGAAUGGAACUUCAAGACUUGGAGAAGAUGGAACUACCCCGAGAAGUGACUUUGGAGUGAAUGGAGCUUCAGCGCUUGGAGAGGUUUGGACUUCCUCAACACUUGAAGCUGAAGGGAAUAGAUCUUCCUUAAUUGGAGAAGACCUGACUUACCCAAAAGGUGUUGCAGUGGAAGGGAAAUUUGGCGACAUUCGUGACAAGGAGGGUUUCUCACAAGAAGGCGGGAAGGCUUCGGGUUUCGAAUCUGAAGUGGCCUUGAAUGCGGUGGACAGAGCUUCUAUACUUGGAGAGGACCUGAAUUUUCCAAGUGUUGCAGGAGGUAAUGAUGCUGGAAGCGAUGCUUCCUCAAUUAAAGAAGAAAUAACUUUCUCAAGAGCCGAUUCUAAGGACUAUUUCAUCUUUGGAGGUUAUCUUGCCCCCUUGCCUGGACAGGAUAAUGAGAAUUCCUUGCUUCGAGGUGAUGAUCCUAUUGUUAAGGCUGAAAAUGCACCUUGGCAUGAUGACAAUGGGAGCCAUUCUACAGCACCAAAAACAUCUUCAAAAGUUCUACAGCUGGUCAUUAAAGCAUUUUCUCCUAAGAGUUUCUUUACAUGUCAAAUUUGUGACAAAAUCUUCACCCGUGCUUUCUCCCUUAAGAGACACCAAAGAGUGCACAACAACGAAAGACCCUUUGGUUGUGACAUUUGUGGCAAAGCCUUCUCAUCUAGUUACGGUCUGAACCGACAUUUAAGAACUCACAUAAGUAAAGACAAAACUAUCUCCAAGAAAUCCUCAACCUCAGAUGUAAAGUGCAGAAUUUGUAGCCAAUCCCUUCCCGACGAAAUUAACGACCUUGAGAAGCCAUAUGUCUGCAACAUUUGCGACAAGAAAGGUUUCUCACAGGAAGGAGGAAAGGCUUCUGCCGUUGAACCUGAAGUGGCCUUCCAUGGGGUGGACAGAGCUUCUAAACUUGGAGAGGACUUGAAUUUCCCAAGUGUUGCAGGAGGGAAUGGAGCUUCCUCAUUACCAACGACUGCACUUAAAGAAGAAAAAACUUUCUCAAGAGCUGAUUCUAAGGACUAUUCCAUCCUUGGAGGUGAUCUUGCCCCCUUGCCUGGACAGGAUAAUGAGGGUUCUCCACUCCAAGGUGAGGAUUCUCUGCUUGGCGGUGAUAAUCCUACUGUUGAAAAUGCACAUGUUCUACAGCUGCCCAAAAAAGCAAUAUCUCCUAAGAAUCACUUUACAUGUGGAAUUUGUGACAAAAUCUUCACCCAUGCUUUCUCCCUAACAAGACACCAAAGAGUGCACAACAACGAAAGACCCUUUUGUUGUGACAUUUGCGGAAAAGCCUUCUCGUCUAGUUACGGCCUGAACCGACAUGUAAGAACUCACAUAAGUAAAGACAAAACUAUCUCCAGGAAAUCUUCAGCCUCAGUUCCUGAUCUUUAUCCUUGUAAGGUCUGUGGAAAAGGCUUCUCAAAUGCGUUCAAUUUGAAGAGACACGGAAAUAUCCAUACAUUGGCGGCAAAAGCAAUAUCCAAGGAAUCUUCAUAUUCUGUCAAGCAUCUCAAAACCUACCAUGAUGAGUGCAGAAUCUGUGGCCAGUUUCUACCUGGCGCAUCCUCUCUAAUAAGGCAUGUACGACAGGCCCAUCCCGGGAGGAAACCUUAUUCUUGUAAGAUCUGUCGAAGAGACUUCUGGACUUCGUUCAAUUUGAAGAGACACGGAGAUCUCCAUACAUUGGCGACAAAAGCUAUCUUCAAGGAAUCUUCAUAUUCUAUCAAGCAUCUCAAAACCUAUCACGUUGAGUGCAGAAUCUGCGGCCAAUUCCUACCUGGCGCAUCCUCUCUUAUAAGGCAUGUACGACAGGCCCAUCCUGGCAGGAAACCUUAUUCGUGUAAGAUCUGUGGAAAAGGCUUCUUGAAUUUGUUCAACUUGACGAGGCACGGAAGUUGCCAUGUAUUGGCAACAACAGCUAUUUCUAAGGAAUCUUCAUUCUCUGUUGAGCGGCUCCACACUUAUGAUGUUGAGUGCAGAUUUUGUGGCCAAACUCUACCUGAUGCAUCUUCUCUUAAGAUACAUGUGCGACAGGCCCAUCCUGGAGAGAAACCCUAUUCUUGCAUGUCUUGUGGAACCGGCUUCUCUAAUGCAUUCAGUUUGAAGAGACAUAAUAGAAUAUGUUGCCAUGCAAUGAAGGAAACUGAUAUCUCAGAAGAAUCCCCAGAUUCUCCUAAGGUUCCCUUCACCUGUGACUUUGAGUGUGGCAUUUGUGGCCAGGUUCUACCAAGCACAUCAUCUCUUGCAAGGCAUGUAGGAAAGGUUCAUCCUAGUGAGAAAGCCUUUAACUGUACAAUCUGCGGAGAAGGUUUCUCAACUAUGUUCAACUUAGAGAGGCAUGAAAUCAUUCAUACAAUCAAGGAAACACCUAUCUUUAAGGACCCCCCAAACUCUGUGAAGCUUUCCAGUGAUGUGGAGGAUCAAACUUGUGGCCAGUCUCAACCUAGCCCAACCUCUCCAACAGGAGGAGACAUUCCUGUUGAGAAUGCAUUAUCUUGUGAGACCUGUGGAAAAACUUUUACACGUUUGUGCAACCUGAAUAGACACAAAAAACUUCAUAACUUCGAUGAUGGCGAAGUGACUGAGACAACACCAAGCAGUAUCGAGUGUAGAAUUUGUGGCCUAUUUUUAUGUAGUGGAGUUGCUCAAGAAAGACAUUCAAGAAAAGCCCACCCUAUCUCUACUACAUCUCCUACUACAUGUGCACAAAUGUAUACUUGUAAGUAUUGUAAAGUAGAGUUCAAUGGUUUUAACGAUCUUAAGACACACCUACUAAUCCACAUGGAUAAAGAGUUGGCAUCAGAUUCUUCAAAUUGUGACGUUUGUGGCAAAUACUAUAAAUUCAGGUACAGCCUGAAGAGACAUCGAGUUACCCACAUACUAAAUACAAAAGGUACCGUGGAGAAAUCACCUACAGUUACAAAGAGUCGCCAUGUGAGUCAAAGAGGUUUGUCUGGCUCAGAGUCUAAGACUGAUGAUGCUUCUGGGCCAACACUUCAAAGCAGAUACAAUAACAACAACAACAUGAAGAGUGAUGACAAUGGAGAGGCCCCCAGCCGCAAGAGGAGCAACUAUGAGUGUGUCGCAUGUGACAAAUCCUUUCCUGGUUUGCUGUGCAUACAAAUACACAUUGUUAAUGUGCACUCACUCGACAAACUCUUUGCCUGUGAGAUUUGUGGGAAGUCCUUCUUAUGCCAGAGUACUUUGAGGAGCCAUCUUACUGUUCACAAUCACAAGGAAACAGAAUUAUCAAGCCAUGCAAGGAGCUCUCCCCAAAAGCAGACAAAUGUCGAGAACGAGAGAUGUAACACAGUCCAAGUUCAUCAAAGUCUAAACGAGCAUGGUCAGGUUGGCAACAGCAAAGUGACCAAUGUCAACGAAUCUCCCUCCAACAGAUGCAUCGUAGAAGGUCAAGAUGCUGUUCACAUCAAGCAGGAACCACGUAGUGUGGAUACCUCACAGGGUAGAGGCCUUUCUCUUGAUGGACUCAUUAAGACGGAGCUCUGUGGUGAAUCCUCACAGGCUAGUUCUCCAGAAAUGUGUCCCAAAGCUUCAUCAAGCAUAGAUUGCCAUCAAAGAGUUCAGGCAGAUAAGGCAUCCUUCAAAUGUGGAAUAUGUGAGAAAGUCUUCACACGUGAAUGUGAUCGACGAAGCCAUCGAAAAAGCAUUCACACAAAGAACAAAUCCUUUGUGUGUAAAAUUUGCAGCAAGUCUUUCACAGAGAAAUUCACCCUUUUUGAGCAUCAAAGAAUACACACUAAGGAGAAACCUUACAAAUGUAAUAUCUGUUUAAGACCCAUGCGAUACUUGGGAAGCUUAAGGAAGCACAUGAGGGUCCACAAGAAGGAUGAUCCUUCUUACCGCGAAGUUUAUGAAAUUUUAGACAGGAACCUCUCCAAAAAAGACUGCUUUGUUUGUGGCAUUUGCAAGAAGUCAUUCAAAAGGUUAGGAAACCUAAAGAGGCAUUACUUUGAUAUCCAUUCCAAAAAGACAACAAUGUUUGACUGUGAGCUCUGCAACAAGUCUUUUAUAAACAGGCAGAGAUUGGAUGCACAUAAGUCUAGAGUCCAUAACAGGGAGAGGCCAAUGCUUUGUGAGGUGUGUGGCAAAUCUUUCUUUUGCAAUGAAAAUUUAAAACUACAUCAGCGAGUACACAAUGGUGAGAAACCAUACACUUGUAAGCUUUGCGGUACUUCUUUCAGUAUGGCCAGCAGCCUGACGAGACAUCUAAGGAUCCAUUCCAACGAGAAACCUUAUGUCUGUGGUCGUUGUGGAAGGGCAUUCUCUCAGGAUAGCAGUCUUAAAAGACAUCAGAAGGUCCAUGAGAAACGAUCUGCUUCUGAGCGGGAUGCUGAGGCAGAUAGCGAGGGUGAUGAAUCUGAGACUGCUUGGGCAGAUGGUAAGGGUGAUGUUGGUUCUGAGUCAGAUGAGGUAGAUGGUGAGGGUGAUGAUGGAUCUGAGACUGAUGAGGUAGAUGGUGAGGCUAAUGGUGGAUCUAAGAUUGAUGAGGUAGAUGGCAAGGGUGAUGUUGGUUCUGAGUCAGAUGAGGUAGAUAGCGAGGGUGAUGGUGGAUCUGAGACUGAUGAGGUAGAUGGUGAGGCUAAUGGAGGAUCUGAGACUGAUGAGGUAGAUGGCGAGGGUGAUGUUGGUUCUGAGUCGGAAGUGGUAGAUGGUGAGGGUGAUGAUGGAUCUGAGACUGAUGAGGUAGAUGGUGAGGCUGAUGAUGGAUCUAAGACUGAUGAGAUAGAUGGCGAGGGUGAUGUUGGUUCUGAGUCAGAUGAGGUAGAUAGCGAGGGUGAUGGUGGAUCUAAGACUGAUGAGGUAGAUGGCGAGGGUGAUGGUGGAUCUUAGACUGAGUAGGUAGUUGGUGAGGCUAAUGAUGGUACUGAGACUGAUGAGGUAGUUGGCGAGGCUGAUGAUGGAUCUGAGACUAAUGAGGUAGAUGGUGAGGCUGGUGAUGGAUCUUAGACUGAUGAGGUAGAUGGUGAGGCUGAUGAUGGAUCUAAGACUGAUGAGGUAGAUGGCGAGGGUGAUGUUGGUUCCGAGUCAGAUGAGGUAGAUAGCGAGGGUGAUGGUGGAUCUUAGACUGAUGAGGUAGUUGGUGAGGCUGAUGGUGGAUCUGAGACUGAUGAGGUAGAUGGUGAGGCUGGUGAUGGAUCUAAGACUGAUGAGAUAGAUGGCGAGGGUGAUGUUGGUUCUGAAACUAAUGAGGUAGCUGACGAGGGUGAUAUUGGUUCUGAGACAGAUGAAGUAGUAGAUGCUGAGGCUGAUGAUGAAUCUAAGACUGAAUAGGUAAAUGGCGAGGGUGAUGUUGGAUUCGAGUCAGUUGAGAUAGAUAGCUAGGAUGAUGAUGGAUCUGAGAACGAUGAGGUAUCAAAUUUUGAAGUUGAAGCCGGUAAUGACGACUUGCUUCAAUCAUCACAAAUAACCGCUGACAGGGUUCGGUUACUUUUUGUUAGACAUAAAACAGAAUGUCAUGAAAAUAAUUGUCGUCUCGGGAGAUGAACAUAAUUUUUAGCACGUACAACAUAUUAAUGGGACUCUCCUUAAAACAUUUCUCUGUGAUUUUCAUUUUUUUUCUCAAAACAUUUACGACUAGUAAAGGUGAAACUUCUACAGGUACCGUUAAAUUAUAUUACCUUCAUCUUCAUUAACAGUUAGUAGGGAGUCAACUCAUCUACAAAAGGUAUCUCGCCCUUGAAGUAUGUAUUCCUCUGAGACAAUUGCAAUGACAAAAUAUUCCGGGCAAGUAUUGUGUAGCAACCUCCAGAUGGGCAAAACCUUGUACCAUUGUGUUUAAACAAACACCUUCGCAAAACCAUGUGAUGUAGUAGUAGUCUGAGGAAUUCAAACUUUAAGCAGUAACUUGUGAUCAAGCGAGUUAACAUUGUACAAAACAUUAUUCAAUUGGCUUAUCCACCUGACAUCAUUAUCACAAUAAACCUUUGUCAUUUUGGGAGUCUACGCCCGCAAGUGUUAUAAAGUGUCGUGCCCAUUUGAGGAUAAGCAAACAAUAGCCGAACACCAGUAAUAAGCGAUAUGCAAGAAAUGGAAAUUUGGU